CUCAGCCAAAGCGAACCCAAAAAACGUCGUCUCUUCCGCCAGAAAGGAAAAAAAAAAAGGAAAAAGAAAAAAUCUCUCGCUCCACCACUCCUGAAAAUGUCAGGCUACCCCCACGCGCCGCCCAACUACGGAUACGGCCAGCCUCCGGGCCAGCCCUACACCACCUCCUCUUCCUCCUACGGCGUUCCUCCCCCGUCUAAUUCACCGUACGCGCCGUACGCGGCUCCCUCCGCGCCCUACGCGCCGCCACCUCAAGGCGGGAAGCCGCCAAAGGACAAGCCGCAGGCCUACGGAGCUCCUCCGCCGUCGGCUCCUGGAGGAUAUCCGGCGCCAUCGGCUCCUGGAGGGUACCCGGCUCCUGGCGGGUACCCUCCUCCGUCGGCUCAAGGCGGCUACGGGGCUCCGUCGGCUCAUGGCGGGUAUGGGGCUCCGGGCGGAUAUCCUCCGCCGGCGCAGGCGUACGGGAGCCCGUUCGCGGCGCUGCUGCCGUCGCAGUUUCCUCCGGGGACGGAUCCGAACGUGGUGGCGUGCUUCCAGAUGGCGGACCAGGACGGAAGCGGCCUCAUCGACGACAAGGAGCUGCAGAGGGCUCUGUCCUCGUACGACCAGAGCUUCAGCUUGAGGACGGUGCAUCUUAUCAUGUUCCUCUUCACGAACACCAACACGAGGAAGAUCGGACCUAAGGAAUUUGUUCAGGUGUUUUACAGUCUUCAGAGCUGGAGGGCGAUAUUCGAGAGGUUUGACCGGGACAGGAGUGGCAAGAUUGAUGCCAAUGAGUUGAGGGAAGCACUGCUCAGUUUAGGCUUUUCUGUGUCGCCGGUGGUUCUGGAUUUGCUCGUGUCUAAGUUUGACAAAACUGGCGGGAAGAACAAAGCCAUCGAAUAUGAUAACUUCAUCGAAUGCUGUCUUACCGUCAAGGGACUGACUGAGAAAUUCAAGGAGAAAGAUACCACGUACUCUGGCUCCGCAACCUUCACUUAUGAGGCCUUUAUGUUGGCAGUUCUUCCUUUCCUCGUCGCCUAGUGGAAGUUGACUUCAGAUGUCAAGCUCGGUUAGAUCGCAUGCUUCUUUUCUUUUCUUUUUUUCUGACAGCUCAGCUUGUUGUUUUCAUCCUUGCCUAGUCUCUGUAUUUACUUAUCAGAAUGAUUUAGUAUGUAAUACGUUUGAGUUGUGUCGAAUAAGUGGUGAUUUUUGCUUCAAUGAAAUGAAAUGACUUGUUUGGACUGUAAA